AUGUUUAUUGAGCAUAAAAAAGCAAGUUGUCUUACUGAACCGAGUCAUCAUAGUAACACGCGUAAACGACAAUCAACUCUGCCACCAGGAACAGCUGCAAAACCUCUACUACCACCUUGUAAUUCUUCACCUUUUAGCGAUAUUACAAAUAAGCAUAUUAAUAGUGGAAGCAGUAAAGAGCAUUGUACUAAUCACAAUAAUAAUAAUAAUAAUAAUAAUAAUAAUGAAAGUAAACACGAAUCAGAGAAUGUAUUUUCUGGAAUUUUAAAAUGUGUUCAAUGCUUACGUCAGUUCACUACACCUUGGCCGUUUUUAAUGCAUGUACAAAUUGAACAUCAGUUAAUAUUUGUUAGUUCUUGUGAAACAUCACUUUCCGACGACGACAACGAUGAUGAUGAUGAUGAUGAAGAAAUGGCAGAAGAAGAACCACCACAACAGCCUAUGAAAUCAUCAUGUCCUGAUUCUGAAGAGUUGAGUGACGAUAGUGACGAUGAUGAUGUUGGUGUAUUGGAACAUACUGGUGAAGAUAAAUUUUCCAAGGGGGCAAACAAUUGUAAUUCCGAUCCAGUGACAGUAGCAGCGACAGCAGAAACAACAAAAACAACAACAACAACUGCUAUUCAUGAGAUGAGUAAUGUUCAUGGAACUACUAUUACGACUACUACAAUGACAACAACAGCAACUACUACUGCCGCCACUCCUCUUAUCAGUAGUUAUAAUAGUGAUAGUAAUAAUAAUAAUAGUAGUAGUAGUAGUAUUUCUACAAGUACUACGGAUACUACCUCCAGUGUCGCGAAUACUAACAGUGCAUCAACACAAACACAUUUAAUUGGUAUUAAACAACAACGUAUUAUCCCUCAUCGUAAGCGUAAAUAUUUCAACUGUUGUAUAAGUGAACCGACUGUCACGUGUAGAAAGCUAACGAAUCUAACGUGUACAAGUUUAAAAGAAGUUGUCCAACGUUUACCAUCAUCAUCAUCAUCACCGCCAUCAUGUUGUACAAAUUUGUCAACAGAUCUAUGCCCAUAUAGUAGUAAUCCGAUCAUAAACAAUCAUAAUAAUACUAAUAAUAGUAAUUCAAUCAAUUCAAAUGUUUUUGUUAGUGAUUAUUGUUGUACACGAUCAAUUGUCUGUAAGCCGACCGUUUGUACCCAAGAAGAAGAAGAAGUAGAAGUAGAUGGGAAUACAUCGAGUAGUUGUACUGGGACAGCUGUAGUCAGUUGUUGUAUGCGUAAAGUUGUAUGCUGUAAUAAUACGACGUCGACACCUUUACCAGUUUAUUGUAGUCAAGUCAGCAAAGAGGGAAAUUCGACUAUCACUGCUAAUACUAAUACUACUAAUAAUAGUAAUAGUAAUACUGGUAAUUCUGCUGUUAGAACAACAGCAACAACAACAAUAAAUCAAAUGUUAACCUGUUGUCCUUGUUCACCGAAAAGAAAAAUGAUCACUAGCCAGUCGUGUGAAGUACAGACUGACUUUGAUCCGGAAUUCAGUUAUUCAGAUUAUGCAGAUUUAGCAAUGUUAUUAGCAGCAACACCAACGCCGACACCACCAAGUCCACCACCUCAGCAACUGCCACCACCACUCCCAACAGCAGCAACACCAAUUUCACCAUCAAGAUUGUCACCUUUCCAAUCAUUCUCCUCAACAGCGUCAUCAUUGUCAUCAGCAUCAGCAUCAGAGAUGCAUCAGAAAAAUGAAUUGUAUGAAAAUGUUCAAACAGAAUCCAUCGUUGAUAUACUUAAACGAUUCAGUGAUACAGCUAUCGAGAAUAAUACGAUUCCUAUGAAUUCAGACAGUAAUCAUAGUAAUAGUAAUCACAGUAAUAAUAAUAAUAAUAAUAAUAAUAAUAAUAAUGGCAAGCAUUCAGUCACACUAACUGGUCUUUCAUCUAGCCUAGAUUUAGAUCUUCGACUGGAGCCGAUUUCCUCUUCUCCUUCUUCUUGUUCACCGCCGUCUUCGUCGUCAUCGAAUAUUAAAAUCUCUUCAAGUGAUCCUCAACAGAUGAUUACAUCCCUGGAAAAUUUAACUGUACUAUGGCCUAAAAUUGAACAAACCAAUGCUGUCACCUAUUCCAAUAACAAUAAUAAUAAUAAUAGUAAUAAUAAUAGCAAUAGUAACAAUAAUAAUGAUACUGUCAAUAGGUAUUAUUCUGAUCCUUCUCAACCACCACGGCCGCCGCCGCCACCACCACCACCACCAACGGUAGGAAGACGUUAUGUCUGCCGGGAAUGCGGCACUUCAUUUCGUCAAAAUGUACACCUACGUAAGCAUAUCAUGGUACAGCAUACUAAAGAGAAACCGUAUCAUUGUACUUACUGUGAUUAUACAACUGUAGAAAAAAGUCAUUUGACUGUACAUAUACGUAUACAUACUGGUGAAAGACCGUAUAGUUGUCGUGAGUGUGGUUAUUCAUCAGCACAGAAUUGUACCCUGAAAUCACAUUAUCUACGUAAACAUCCGAAUAAUUUGAUUGAAUGUCAUUAUUGUUCUGAAUUAUUUUUCACUGAACUUGAACUAUCUAAACAUCAUCGGAUAUGUCGUCUAUCACAACGGUGAUUUUGAUUUUAUUAUUAUUAUUAUUGCGAAUAAUUACUCCGGUGUGUUGAUAAAGUACAUUGUCAGAAAACGUCGUGUACAGCAGAGACACUACUUCUUAUUUUGUAUAGGUUGUACAGAUUUAUUUUUAGGUUAUUUGUUACUACUACUAUUAUUUAUCGUUAUUAUGGUCGACUGUGAUUGUUUGUAGACACUAAUGUGGUGGUAGUCGUUACUUGCUCUAUUUCUCACCACUUAAAUACCCCUGUCACUGCCAAUUUCCAUUCACAUUUCUUUCUUUCAUCCUUACCAGCUAAUUACAUAAACUGAUAUUACAAAUUAUUAUUAUUACUAUUAUUGAAUAGAAAAAGGGUAGGUCCACUUGUAUUUAACACAUCCGUGUGAUUGAUUGAUUGAUUCGUCGUUGCCUAUUUUUUCUUUCUACUAUUAAUCCUGAUAUUUUUUCUUUUUGUUUUUUUUUUGAAUAAAUAAACUGCUCAUGCUAUUUCAUUUCUAGACUUUCUUGUGUUUUCUGUGAGUUGGUUAAUCUAAGUGCACAAAGCCUUCAAUUGGCCACCUGGACAUCAGUGAAUUUGUUUCAAUUCUCCAUCGGUGGAUAUAUUAUAAUUAAAAUGGUAUCUUCAGACAAGCUUUGUUGUGAUUGGUUGUUAGUUUAUAUCUUUAUAUUGAUCGCUUUUAGUUUAUUGAUUUAGAAUUUGAACUUCCUUGUCAUGUGAUUUCUUUUCUCUCUCUCGUAUUAGUUGGUGAAUGUGACUUAUUAGCAAUGUCAUCUGUUAAUCGCUGAUUCCUAUGUGAGUAUAGCAAGCUUCUAGGAGUUUCCUGAUAUAUUUGGAUUUCCCGCUGUUCAAAAAAUUCCUAAAUUUUUU